AUGGAAAUGCGAAUCAUCAGAGCCGUGGUCAAGACCUUCAAGUAUUUCUUUGGCGUGAGGUUUGAGGUGAAGGGACUGGAGAACUUCAAGGUGGAGGGCCCUGCUAUCAUUGUAUCCAACCACCAGAGCAUCCUUGACAUGAUGGGGCUGAUGGAGGUCCUGCCUGACGACUGUGUCCAGGUGGGCAAGAAGGAGCUGAUGUACGCUGGCACUGUGGGGCUCAUCAUCUACCUCGGUGGUGUCAUCUUCAUCAACAGGAAGAGCACAACCAGUGCCAAGAUGGUGAUGGCAGAGGUGGCCAAGAGUAUGACAACUGACAACGUGAAGGUGUGGGUGUACCCAGAGGGCACAAGGAACUGCACAGGGGAUUUGCUGCCAUUCAAGAAAGGAGCAUUUCACCUUGCCAUCCAGGCACAGGUACCAGUGAUCCCCGUGGUAUAUUCCUCUUUCACCACCUUCUAUAACCCAAAGACAAAAUUAUUUACAUCAGGGAAAAUUAAGGUUGAGGUUCUGCCUCCAAUAGAGACCAAAGGCCUGACAUCAGAUGAUGUCUCCGACCUCACUGACAGAUGCUUCCACACCAUGAGGGAGACCCUCUUCAGGCUGUCAGGCAGUCCUAGUGAAGCAAAGAAAUCAUCAUAGAUGCUUCUCCAGUGGCAUCACUGUGUGGUGGUGACUGAAGGGACCUGUCUGUUGCCAAAUACUGAAGGAACGUCUCUUCCUCUGCAGCGACUUCUAAUUCUGGGAAUGCCACAGACUGGUACACACAGGGAGUCCAGCGAACGCUGAGGUUCCCUGUUGAGUGGAUUUCUCUUAUGGGUUCAUUAU